AUGAACAGUGUUUGCUGCCUGGUCCUGGCCGCCCUAAGCCUGUGGCCCGAUAGAGCUGCUGCCCCGGGGCCGCCGCCCGCCCCGCCGCGGGCCUCCCCGGACCCUCGCGCUGAGCUGGACAGCGCUGUCCUCCUGACCCGCUCCCUCCUGGCGGACACUCGGCAGCUGGCCGCACAGCUGAGAGACAAAUUCCCAGCUGACGGAGACCACAGCCUGGAUUCGCUCCCCACCUUGGCCAUGAGUGCGGGGGCGCUGGGAGCGCUGCAGCUCCCAGGAGUAUUGACACGGCUGCGGGCAGACCUGUUCUCCUACCUGAGGCAUGUGCAGUGGCUGCGACGCUCAGGAGGCCCUUCCCUGCGGACCCUGGAGCCUGAGCUGGGCACCCUGCAGGCCCGGCUGGACCGGCUGCUGCGCCGGCUGCAGCUCCUGAUGUCCCGCCUGGCCCUGCCCCAGGCGCCCCCAGACCCUCCGGCACCCCCCCUUGCGCCCCCGGCCUCAGCCUGGGGGGGCAUCCGGGCAGCCCACGCCAUCCUGGGGGGGCUGCAGCUGACGCUCGACUGGGCCGUGCGGGGCCUGCUGCUGCUGAAAACUCGGCUGUGA